UCCACCUCGCGCGGGCGGCCACUCGACGCAGUGACCGAGGGGCGGGGUGGCCGGGACCGGCGCUCCUCCGGCCCAGCUCCCGGCCCGCCCCGCCGCCCCGGCCCCCGAAUGAGGGUAUAUAUUCAGAGCGGGCGCUGGACGCCGAUGAGUGGCCGCGCCGAGGGAGUCGGAGCCGGGCGGAGCAGCUGUCGCGACGUGGGAGGUUUACUGGUGCAGAAAUUAAAGUCCUGUUUUCACCAAGCUUGGCUACCGGAACAUUAUGAACACUAAUGACCUCAAACUCAGGUUGUCCAAAGCUGGGCAAGACCACCUGCUGCACUUCUGGAAUGAGUUGGAAGAAUCCCAACAGGUAGAACUUUAUGCAGAGCUCCAGGCCAUGAACUUUGAGGAGCUCAACUGCUUUUUCCAAAAGGCCACCGAAGGAUUUAACCAGUCUUCUCAGCAAGAAAAAGUGGAUGCACGAAUGGAACCUGUCCCUCGAGAGGUGUUGGGCAGUGCUACCAGGGAUCAGGACCAGCUCCAGGACUGGGAAAGUGAAGGACUUUUCCAGAUUUCUCAGAAUAAAGUGGCAGUUCUUCUUCUAGCUGGUGGUCAGGGGACAAGACUUGGUGUUGCAUAUCCCAAGGGAAUGUAUGAUGUGGGUUUACCAUCCCACAAGACUCUUUUCCAGAUUCAAGCAGAACGUAUUCUGAAGCUCCAACAAUUAGCUGAAAAAUAUCAUGGCAACAGAUGCAUCAUUCCAUGGUAUAUAAUGACCAGUGGCAGAACAAUGGAAUCUACAAAGGAAUUCUUCACAAAGCACAAGUACUUUGGUUUAAAAAAAGAGAAUGUAAUCUUUUUUCAGCAGGGGAUGCUGCCUGCUAUGAGUUUUGAUGGGAAAAUUAUUUUGGAAGAGAAGAACAAAGUUUCUAUGGCUCCAGAUGGAAACGGUGGUCUUUAUAGAGCUCUGGCAGCUCACAAUAUUGUGGAAGAUAUGGAGCAGAGAGGCAUCUGGAGCAUUCAUGUCUACUGUGUUGACAACAUCCUGGUAAAAGUAGCAGACCCCCGGUUCAUUGGGUUUUGCAUUCAGAAAGGAGCUGACUGUGGAGCCAAGGUGGUAGAGAAAACGAACCCUACAGAGCCAGUUGGAGUGGUUUGCCGAGUGGACGGAGUAUACCAAGUAGUGGAGUACAGCGAAAUUUCUCUGGCAACUGCCCAGAAACGGAGCUCAGAUGGACGACUGCUGUUCAAUGCUGGGAACAUUGCCAACCACUUCUUCACUGUCCCGUUUUUGAGAGAUGUUGUCAAUGUUUAUGAGCCUCAGUUGCAGCACCAUGUGGCUCAAAAGAAGAUUCCAUAUGUGGAUUCCCAGGGGCAGUUAAUUAAACCAGACAAACCAAAUGGAAUAAAGAUGGAAAAAUUUGUUUUUGACAUCUUCCAGUUUGCAAAGAAGUUUGUGGUGUAUGAAGUAUUACGGGAAGAUGAGUUUUCCCCACUGAAGAAUGCAGACAGCCAGAAUGGGAAGGACAACCCCACCACCGCAAGGCAUGCUUUGAUGUCCCUUCACCAUUGUUGGGUCCUCAAUGCAGGGGGCCACUUCAUAGAUGAAAAUGGGUCUCGCCUUCCAGCAAUUCCCCGCAGUGCUACAAAUGGGAAGUCAGAGACCAUCCCAGCUGAUGUCAAUCACAACUUGAAGGAUGCCAAUGAUGUACCGAUCCAGUGUGAAAUCUCUCCUCUUGUCUCCUAUGCUGGAGAAGGGAUAGAAAGUUACGUGGCAGAUAAAGAAUUCCAUGCACCUUUAAUCAUUGAUGAGAAUGGAGUCCAUGAGCUGGUGAAGAAUGGUAUAUGAGUCAGAUACCAAGUCUCACUAACACAGGAAUAGCUUUUAUUUUUGAUAUCCCGACUGUGAACCUACAGGACCUCUCCUGGAAUACUCGAGUUUGAAUAUGCACAGGGUUUUAUUUUAUUUGUUGACCUCUUGUAACUGCUACAUAUUCCCUCAGAUCCAGAUGACUGAACUUCAGAAGCAUUUUUAUGGUUCUCAAUUCAUUGAACACUAUUUAUAUUUAUCAACUGUAUGAUUCCUCUGCCCUGUCCCCAGCCCCCAGGCCAAGGAAACCCAUUGGCUCACCAGGAAAUUUUCUUCAGCUUAAGUAUAGUCAGUUUGACAUUACUUUACUUGGAACUGGAAGCAUUUGCUUUUGAAGUUGUACAUAGUGAUACUAUGCCAUUGUACAUGUCAAAGGUUUCUAUGGUACUAAAACUUUGUUUUAUUUUAUCAAAAAUUAAACUUUUUAAAGAAAAUAAUUGGACAGUAAAAUAAACUUC